AUGGCGGCAGCGGAAGUGAAGACAUCGAUCAAAAAGGUCAACAAACCGAUAGAGUCGGAGGUCUCCCAGGACAGUGGUCUGUGUGUUUCCCUCCAGGAUACAUCAAAACCGUUUGAGUCAACGGGAGAGGAGUUGAAAGAAAACAUAAAGUACCCAAGCCAACUGCUGGAAAGCAGCUCGGCAUCAGAGAUAGCUGCUAACAUAGCUGACAGCUCCAUUUCUGGAGAAAGGCAAGGUCGACGGAGGAACUACUUGACUAACUGGAACUGCAGCCGUUCGUUACGUAUCAGAAAACAGAACGCAAAAACCGACCUUUCUGCCUCUGCUGUUAUUGAGGAGGAAGCACACAGCGUCCGGCUGAAAAGAUCUGGUGCUAUGAGGCGAGACAAAGCGCUGGGGAAUGGUCUCGGAGGAGGGGAGGAGAAUAUGGCAAAGGGGUCCGAGGAUGACCUUGCAAGACUCUUUUGGCAAGAUGUGGACAGGCGUGGCGCUGAAGCUUGUCUGGCCCAAAAUUACUAUCCGGAGGGCGCUUUCCUGCUUCGGCCUUCAUCAGAACCAAACGUGAUUGCCCUAUCCUUGAAAACGGCCAAAAAAGGAAAAAGGAACGUCAUCGUCAAGCACUUUCGCAUCAAAUUCGAUCCACAGCACCAACACUACUACCUCUCCAAGACCUCGGUCUACUCCAGUUUAAGCGAUUUUAUCCGAUGCCACGAGGUCUCAGCGGGUGGACUACCCUGUCGCCUGGUACCAUCAUCUGCCGAUGGCGUCGUCAUAGGGUCACCACCACAGUCAGCACCACCGCGUCAUCAGGACCCGACACCUGACUUCCACAUACAUCGCAACAGUCUGGUCCUCAGACGCCGCAUCGGAUGCGGCAGUUUCGGUGAAGUUUGUGCUGAGACUACAACCUCCGUUUCCGACGCAGUUGGCUGUAUGCCGACCUAUAUUGUCACCGAGUUGAUGGCGUACGGCUCCCUGAAAACGUUUAUACAGCGUCGUAAAGCCCAGCCAUUAGUCUAUGAACAACUAAUUGACUUCAUGGUCCAGGUUUCAGAUGGUAUGUCCUACUUGGAACGUCAGAACUACAUCCACCGCGACUUACGUGCAAGCAAUGUACUUGUCGGAGAAAAUCUCACUCUCAAGGUCGCAGACUUUGGCCUGGCGCACAUACUGGGUGAUGACACAGAGUACUUGGGCAAUGUCGGUAAGUAA